AAAGCUUGAUGGUGGAAUGAAAAAAGGAAACACUGUCCUACUCCAGGAAGAGGUGGAGCCAAACAAUUGAGCUGAGGAAGCAAUAUAACUGGUGCAAACAACAUUGAUUGACAGCUAUAAAUAACCAAUCAAUCCAACUACAUUUACAGGGUGAAAAGGCAAAAUCAGUCAUGAUACAACAAUUUAAAUCUUGCAGCUUAAAGUUCCACAUAUAGAUGGCGCCACUCACGCCGUCACAAAGAUAUUUAGGAUGGAAACAGUGUUCGAGCUGGGUUGUUGUAUGUCUUUCGGGCUGUGUGGCCAUGUUCCAGAAGUAUUAUCUCCUGACGUUUCGCCCACAUCUAUGGCAGGCAUCCUCAGAGGUUGUGAGGCAUGGAUAAACUAGGCAAGGAAGGUAAAUAUAUAUCUGUGGAGAGUCCAGGGUGUGAAGAGUCCGUUGUCAGUUGGAAGCCAGCGCUAAUGUUUCAGUUAAUCACCCUAAUUAGCAUUGGAAAGGUUUGUCUCUUGCCUGGGGGGCAUCCUUUGUUCAGAGUCAUUAGCUGUCCUUGGGGAUCCUCUGCCCUCAGAGUGUUGCUUCCCAUCUACUGUUCUGAUUUUUGAGUUUUUUAAAUACUGGUAGCCAGUAUUAAAAAACACAGCUCGAAAGACAUACAGCCCGAAAGACAUACAACAACCCUGUGAUCCCGGCUAUGAAAGCCUUCGACAACACAGUGUUCGAGCUCUUGACCUUCCCAGUGUGGAUGCAAGCAUAGAGGUGCCCCAGUCAGAGGCUGUCCAAGCUCCCUCUCCUGUUCAGCCAAGAUGGGGUUAAGGUGACAGAGAGCGGGUCCUAGACUGACCAUAUCCUCCCGCCAGGAGAAAGUGGGCCUCUGAACGUUUCUUUCCGGCUUCCUGCUCUGGCUCCUCCCCCUUCAGCUCAGUGUAUUUGGCGCCAAGGCAGAGCCGGAAGGAGAAGCAAAAGGCAGGUGUAUCCUCUGGAGGAGUGUCCUUGGAUGAGUUGACUCUUUGAAUGUUAUGAGAAGGAGACAACCUAAGGACUAGUGUUGAAAAGCAGAGGGAGAGGCACAACAAAGCAGAUUUCUUUGGAAAGGAAAUGGCUGCAAUACAAGAAAGAGGCUCCACUGGAUUUCUGAGUCCAGCAAUAAAAAUGGAGGUGCAGGAUUCAGUAGGUCCUGAAUCAGAAGAUUCCAAAGAAAGAGCAGGUCUACCAGAAAGGGGAAGCGGUAGAGAAGAAUCAGAACAAACAGUAAAACAGGAGUCAAAAGAAGAGCCAUCAAGGACCUGGGAUGCUCAGUUGGAAAGGUUUCUGAGAACACUACAGUCUCCUUCUGGAGGGGAAACUCUCCAACAAUCUCACCCCCAAGAGCCUCAGACAAUGACUGCAGAUGAUGAAAGCCAUCUGGAUGCCUCACAUUCUGGGAAAGAGGGAACAGCAGGUAAAGGUGCUGUUGAGUUGGAGACGGGGCGCCAGCAUUUUCGGAUGUUGAUCUACCAAGAAGCCGUAGGGCCCAGAAAUUUCUGGUGGAAUCUCCGAAAUCUCUGCCGGAAGUGGCUGAUGCCAGAGAGACACACCAAGGAGCAGAUCCUGGACCUGGUGACGCUGGAGCAGUUCCUGGCUGCCCUGCCCCCAGAAAUGCAGAAAUGGCUCAGAGGACUCUGUCCCCAGACCUGCUUCCAGGCUGUGGCCCUGGCAGAGGAUUUCCUUCUCAAUCAUCGAGGGCCCAAAGGCUGUGAAGGACAGAUCACAGAGGUGUUCAAAAAAGAGUUUGUAAAUCCCCCUGAAGCAAAGGACCCAAACAUGAAACUUCUAAUAAAGGUUGAGUACAAAGGUACUGGGAAUGAAAAUGUGUUGGAUGGUGCAGGGCUGACUGAAAGUGAGGAACAAAACCCCCAACAUGAGACUACAGAGGGGAUGGAGCAGUUGAUGACAUCCAGAACAACUGACAAAAAGAACAGUUUCCUAUUUCAGAGUGAACCUGAUUGGAACAAGAAUGGGGCAAACAAAGACAGUGGAACUUUCAAGAGGAAGGCGGAGGAUCCAGUUGUUUCAUCACAAGGUGUGUACAGAAAUACCAGUGGGGCUAAACAAGAGAAAUAUGAAAAAAAUGGGAAACACUUUAACCAGGACUCUCACCUGGUCAUUCAGGAAGAUCCUGAUGUAGAGGAAAAGAGAUACACAUGUUGGAACUGCAGUGAAAGUUUCAGUAGCAGCUCAGAUCUUAUGAUACACGAGAGAGCCCAUGUGGGUGAGAAAAUGUAUAAAUGUUUCCAUUGUGGGAAAUUUGAGAGAACCCACAAAAAUCUGGUGCCGUGUAGGUGUUCACACUGUGGAAAUACAUGUUGGUGGAACCAAAAAGAUGAAAUCCAAACAGGAGACAAGAUCUACACAUGUUCAAAAUGUGGGGAACAGUGCAGUCGGAAAUCAGACCUUUUAAAGCAUGAAAGAACACACAGAAGAUGUUCAUUCUGUGGGGUGACUUUUACCAAAGACUCCUGUCUCAAACUGCACCAGAGAAUCCACACUGGAGGGGAAACAUAUACAUGCCAGAACAGCGAGGAGUCUUUUAGCAUGAUGGGAUGUUUGAUACCGCAUGAAGGAAUCCACACAGAAAUAUGCUCCUACUGCGGAAAACGUUUCAGUCAGAAAACAGAACUUGCUGAACACGAGAAGACCCAUGAAGCAGAACACACAUUUGUACCUUUUGAAGUCAGUUCAGAACUAGUUGCACAUGUACGAACAGACACAGAGAAACCAUUUGAAUGCUCAGUCUGUGGGAAGAUGUUUGAGAACAGUUUGCAACGCACUGCACACCAGAAACUCCACAAGGGCAAGAAGCAGCACACAUGUUCCAGCUGUGGAAAAAGCUUUACCCAGAUAAAGAGCCUUAUUAUUCAUAAGAGAAUCCAUGCAAGACAAAACCCACACAAGGGCUCAAUGUGUGGAGAGAACUUCAAAAACUUCCUGAAUUUUAAAUGUGAUGAGAGGAUCCACAGAAGUAAGAAACUACAUAAAUGUUCCCACUGUGACAAAACCUUCAGGUGGACGUCAGAUCUUGAAUUACAUGAAUUAAUUCACACAGAAGAAAAGCCGUUUAAUUGCUCAGAUUGUGGAGAAUGUUUUAAUAGGCGAUCCAGUCUUCUUGAACAUUCGAGAAGUCACACAGGACAAAGUCCAUUUACCUGUUCAUACUGUGGGAAAAUGUUCACCUCAAACUCUGUUCUUCUACGGCAUCAGAAAUUCCAUGUUGCAGAGAAAGUUUGUACCUGUUCACAGUGUGGGAAAACUUUCAAGCAACAAUCAGACCAAGUAGAAGAGAAGGCAUCAAAAUGUCCUGAGUGCACCAGAAGCCAUGAUCUAAGUUCAGAUCUUGUAUGUCUGUAAACACAUGCAGAGAAAAAAAAGUAUUUGAAUGCUUUGAGGGGGAAAAGUUGAGAUACAACUACCACCUCAUUUCACAUCCGAGCAUCUACAAAGAAGGUCAUUAUUAUCAGUGUUUGGACCAUUGUCGGAGUGAAAAAUAUUGAGGCUGUGAAGAUCUUUAAAAACUUUGAAAAAUUAGAACUUAAUCUUCUUCCAUUGGUCUCUCAUAACAUCUUGACAUUUGCUUCCCUAUAACAAUUUAAGUGACCUUUCACAUAACAAAUGCAUCUAAAGAUGCCAGCUCCAUCAGCCUCUCUCUGAUUCUUUCUUAUUCUGAGUGAGCUAAGAUCCUGUGAAGUUAUCCCUAUCAAUCUCUUAUGAUGUCGCUCUCCUGUUUUGUUCUAUGCCAGUGGUUCUCAACCUGUUUUGGCUUUCAACUCCCAGAAAUCCUAACAGCUGGUAAACUGGCUGGGAUUUCUGGGAGUUGUAGGCCAAAAACACCUGGGGACCCACAGAUUGAGAACCACUUCUCUAUACCAUAUGACCUCUGUGGUCAGUAGCUUUAGUUUGACCCUUCUCACAUUAACAGUUACCUUUUCUUGAAUCAGUUACACUAUCAAGCUGCAUAGUUUUGUGUUGUCAAAGGCUUUCAUGGCCGGAAUCACUGGGUUGCUGUGAGUUUUCCAGGCUGUGUGACUAUUUUCCAUAAGCAUUUUCUCCUGCUUAUGCUUAUGGAACAUAGUCUGCUUAUGCUAAUGGAAAAUGCUUUUGGAACAUGGCCAUACAGCCUGGAAAACUCACAGCAACCCAGUGCAUAGCUUUGGUUAUUUAUGACCCCAUCUACACGGCAGUAUCAAUUUUCUGAAUCCAGAUUAUCUGCUUUAAACUGGAUUAUAUGAGUCUUAAAUGGAUUAUAUCAAUCAACACUGCUACAUAAUCCAGUUUAAACCAGAUAAUCUGGAUUCAGAAACCGGAUGCUAUGACAGUGUAGAUGGGGCGUAAGUCUCUGCAGCUGUGUUGAGUUGGAAAGAAUUGUAUUACCGUCUUGUUCCUUUUUCUCUUUGUUCUGAAUUUCUGAGUUGAAACUUAUUUCAGGUGGGAAUUUACACUUGGUUACAUAUUGUUUGUUGAUGGCUGCCAUUUCAAGUUACAUUAAUUUCAGCAGACGUAUGAAAUAAUUGAUUUAACUUUCUUCCACCGAAAGCCAUGGGACUACCAAGAACCUCUUUAUUACUGUCUUGAUGUGGAAGUAAUUUUCCAGGUGAAUAUUUGGACAGCUGUGUCUAGAACAGGCAUGGGCAAAGUUAGGCCCUCCAGGUGUUUUGGGCUCAGCUGAGGGGGGAAAGGAAAGGGCCUGAGGCUGCUAGGAAUGGUGGGAGUUGAAGCCCAAAACACCUGGAGAGCCAAAGUUUGCCCACGCCUGUUUGAGAACCUCAGCUGCUUCUUCCAUUCUGUGGAUCUAUGCAUUUAGAAAGCUAGGUCUUUUUAUAAUUUCAGGCUGGCCAACAAGCACAAGAAGAGUGUUUUUUUAAAAAAAAAAAAUAGGGUAAGAAACCUUUGACCUGUACGAUGUUUUGGACAAUGACUUCGCUUCAUUGCAGCCAGUUUUGCUAGUUUUAGGAGCUGUAGAUUAAAACACCUGGAAGAUCAAUAUUUUCCACUCUUUAUCUUGGUGGUUCAGAAAUUUCCAUUCCAAAUACGGAAUGGCUUUAUUGUUACUGAAAUUUUGGAACUGUUUUUCUUCUUUGUUGCUGAAUAAAGUUUGUUUUAAAAAACAAA